AUGUCUGCACCAAUCGUCAGCGCCACCAUGGGGGCGAUUAACCCCCUCAUCGGCAAGCUCGCGGCACUGAUGGGCGACGAGUACAAGAAACUCACUUCAGUCAGGAAGCAUGCCUCGUUCCUCAAGGAUGAGCUUAGCACCAUGAAAGCUCUCCUUGAGAAGCUUGAGCUGAUGGAUGAACUGGAUCCCUUGGCCAAGAACUGGAGGGACCAUGUCAGGGAGAUGUCCUACGACAUGAAGAAUUGCAUCGAUGACUUCAUGCGAGACCUUGGAGGUGCCGAUGCCAAGAUGGGCUUUAUAAAGAAGACGGCCAAACGUCUGAAGACGCUGCGGAAGCGUCAUCGUAUUGCUGAUCGGAUGGAGGAGCUCAAGGUUCUUGCUCUACAGGCAAAUGAAUGA